CGCAUAUACUCCAACCAGAAGCUAGAGCAAGAGAGAGCGGGCGAAAAACAGCCAGUAAUGGUCAUCCACACACAAGCACGCAUGUAGGUGUGGUGUAAAGAACAAGAGUUGUGUCUGAAGCAUGGAGUUAAGCCUAGUGUAAUUCCAGGUGCGUAUUUGAGCGUCAUGGAUAAAGCGAAAGUAGCGCAGCUGAGAUCAGCGAUAGGGAAUGUCGGGGACUCGUUAGUCAUCGUGAGCCUCGGCGCCGAAACCGGUGCCUUUACAGUCUGUUCUUCGUCGUCGUGAUGGUUUAGUAAUGUAGAUUUUCGAGAAGCACAGGUGUCUUCACACCUUCGCACUUGUUUCUCUUUCUGACUUCCACUGAUCGGUUUGGGUGAAACAACAGACUAAACAUGGAUACGCCGAGGGAAACCAGGAAACAAACAAUCAAAGCCAAAUCAACCACGCGCAAGAAUAAGACACACAAAUCCCAGAAGCUGUUCCGAAGGAGAUCGCUAAAAUCCCUUGGAAAUUUUAUGAGCAGGAUUAUCAAAACUUUGGGCACUUUGGCACACUUGGGGGACGCGGACCAGCCGGACGCGGCGGAGGAGGAUGAUGGUGGCUUUGGAGACACUCUGAGCGCCCACAACUUGAAUUACAGAGAGAGCUCGGUGAGGAAAACCGCUGCACCCUCAUCUAGUUAUGGAUCUGUCAAAGACAGACUGUCCUGGUGCUACGGCGAGAAAACUCCGGGAGUUCAGGGUUUGAAGAACCACGGAAACACCUGUUUCAUGAACGCCGUGGUGCAGUGCUUGAGUAACACGGAACUUCUGGCGGAGUAUUUGGGUCUGGAGCAGUAUAAAUGUGAAUUAAAUGAGCGGAGGAUCAACGGGAUGAUGAAGAGUGAGGAGGUCAAGGGGGAGGUGACGGAGAAGCUGGCAUCGCUAGUGAGGGCGCUCUGGACGCUCGAUUACACGCCUCAGCUGUCAGUGGAAUUUAAGAGUGUUGUGUCCAAGUAUGGCUCUCAGUUCAAGGGGAAUGCUCAACAUGACGCUUUGGAGUUCCUGUUGUGGCUUCUGGACUGUGUGCAUGAAGAUGCCAGCCUCUCCAUCAACAACAACCACAGCAACAAAGCCAAGCCAUCCAGCAAGGGUCCUGUGGGAUUGGAGGAGAGUUCAUGCCCUGGGCCAGCAAACUCACAACAGCCUGGAACUCGACACAGUUUCGUACAGGAGCACUUCCAAGCUCAGUACAGGUCAUCAUUGACGUGCCCUCAUUGCCUUAAACAGAGCAACACCUUUGACCCUUUCCUGUGUAUUUCACUCCCAAUCCCACUGCGACAGACCAGGGCCCUGAAUGUGAUUCUGGUGUUCACCAAUGAAGGUAAACGGUUUCUGAGAGUAGGGUUGGCUGUGCCUCUCUUUGGGUCUAUCUCAACACUCAGGGCCAUGGUAGCAGAGGAGGGCAAGAUCUCUCCAGACCAGGUGAUUUUGACAGAGAUGAACUCAAAUGGGUUCCAGCGCUCUUUCUCUGAUGAAGAUGAUAUAACGAGUAUCUCCGAGAGUGAUGUCAUCUAUGCCUUCCAGGCUCCACCCCUCUUCACCAGAGGAGGCUCCAUGCGAUUCUCAGGGUUCCAUCACUCCCUCCCUUCCUCGCCAUACACAGCAGAGCCUGAAGGUCACAGGUUACCACCCUCAGGGACGUUAUCGUCAGAAUUCUUAAAUCAGGGUGGUUCUUCAAAGAUCCUCCUGCUAAUCUGCAAUGUUGCUGGUUCUGGCCAACAAACUACAAGGUUUGGGCCUCCAUUGAUGAUGAGAGUAGAAAGGACUCUUUCUUGGGAUCAUCUGCAACAGAGUGUCUGCAAUAAGCUUUACUUAUUUCAAAAAAAUACAAUCAUAAAGACUACUGAACUGUUUAGGAUUCGAGUGGUGGGUGGAUCGGCUUCCUGCAGUUACCUGUCUCCCCACGACAGCAGACCUCUGUGUCACCCAACCGUGGACAGGGCCCUGAAAUUAUGCGGUCCUGGUGGUCCUCUGCAUGUGAAGCUUGUGAUUGAGUGGGAAAAUAGAAUCAAAGAGUGUCUCUUUGGUAACAUUCAAGAGGAAGUUAUUGAGGAUGCAGAGAGUGUGCGAAUCCAGCAGCAGAAUCAUGUACAGCAGCACAACUGCACGCUGGAUGAGUGUUUUCAGCUCUACACCAAAGAGGAGCAGCUGGCACCAGAUGAUGCAUGGAAGUGCCCUCACUGUAAGCAGAUGCAGCAGGGGAUGGUGAAGAUGAGCUUAUGGACCCUGCCUGACAUCCUCAUCCUGCACCUCAAGCGUUUUCGGCAGGUGGGCAAACGGCGGAACAAGCUCUCCACUCUCAUUCGCUUUCCUGUAAGCGGUCUGGAUAUGACUCCCCAUGUGGUGAAACGCAGUCAGAGCAUGAAGAAUCUGACUCCGUGGCCUUCAACUUGGAAACAUGGAGAUACUGACUUCCUAUACGACCUGUAUGCAGUCUGUAACCACCAUGGAGGCAUGCAUGGAGGCCAUUACACAGCCUAUUGUAGGAACUCGGUGGAUGGCCACUGGUACAGUUAUGAUGACAGCAGUGUGGAGGUUGUGCCCGAGGAGGAACUGUGCACACGAGGGGCAUAUAUCCUGUUCUACCAGAGAAGAAAUGUCAUCCCACCCUGGUCCGCCAACAGCUCGGUCAGAGGUUCCACCAGCUCCUCAAUGUCUGAUCACUGGCUGAUUCGUUUGAAUGGUGACAGUAAAAGAGGAAGCAUGGUAUCACGGUCUUCCACAAUAUGCCCUUCUUCCAUCCCAGACUCCCCAGAAUCUCCCGUCUUUCUAAAUGAACCCUCAGUGGAAGAGAGAGUUUCUUUAGGUGGGUUUGAAAGCAGACCUUUCGUGCGAGGAAUCCAAGGCCGUAGCGUAAGCAUGAAAAGUCCCACCAAGACCAGGGUGCUCCCACUGCGAUGGUCCUUUGGAAACAAAGACCGCCGCAAACCUGCGCAAGCUCCCGGCCAGGCUCCUGCAGAGCUGGUUGAGUACUUGGAGUCUGGCAGAAGGCCAAGAUGCACCAAAGACCCCAUCGUUGCCCUAAUGACUCGACCUUCGGAUAAAGAAGAUGAUACGAAAAAACCCACAGCCAAAUCUUCAAGCCACAGCAGCCUCGGACCUUCAGAGCAUCUCAAAACACUGCAGGGUCAAGAAAGGAGUAGCUCAGAGAAAGCAACGGGCCAAAAACCCAGCGCCAACAGUAGACCAAAAGAAGAUGGAACUUUGACCAGACGGAGCAGCAGGAAAUCAAAACAGGAGUCCAGAAAAAGCUCCAGCGCAGGGAUCCAAUCCAGUCCCAGCGGUCCAAGCGGGUGGGAAACAACACAGAGGGAUGAUCCAGGUGAGGAGCAAGACCAACUGGAGGAGAAACAGAGAAAAGGACAGGAGAUAAAACGUCACGAUAGUGUCUUUGCUUUUCUUAAAGGCGGUUUCAUCAAAAAAGACUCGCUUCGGAGAUCUCGAGACAGUGAAUCUGUGAAAAGGGGUGAUGAUGGGGUUAAGAGCCCAUCUGGAGUUCCUCUCUCCAAUGGGACACAAAACAGAACUUCCGAAGGUAAAGCUAAUAGCACUAAUCAAGUUCGUAGCAGACCCGGUGGCGAAGUUGCAAAUGGCAAGGUGAGUCGUGGGUCAUCAGACAUCAAGCGCUCACAAAGUUCUUCCAAUAUUCAAAGCAAGGCUGAUCUAGGCUUAAGAAGAACGGCGUCUUUACACAGGAACGGCACAACGGCGGCCCAGCCACAGAGCGUUCCUAUGGACAGGGGCUCUCAGAACACCCUACAACGCACGCGCUACAGCACAAACUCACUGGGCAGAAAGAAGCCAGUGCCUGAAUCAAGCUUCUGAGACUUCACUACACCCAAAUAUCACAACAGUGUAGCAAAUAUCUGUAAGAACUAUGGUAAGAAACAUAGGUUUGAAAUGAUGGCAGCACACUAUGAAGUUCCACAUACGUUUGGAACUAGUGGAUGAUAUUUUUGUUCACUUUUCUCUGCUUAUAUGAAGUGCCUCUGAACCAGAGCUAUUGUUUAGAUCGUCAGAUUGUGUUUUGGCACUGGAAGUACAUUACACACUGGCCUCUGCACCACGAUUUUGAACUGAAAAAAUGAUUUGCCUCGGAUUUGAUUUGUACGUGCCACUACAUAGAUUUAUCUCCUGUUAUACAUGAAGGGAAUUGCUAUAUUUAACUUUUCAGUUUUAUCUUUUAUGAUUCUGCAGAUUGUACUGACUGGCUGCUAACCUCUCAUGGGUUUUCAUGACAUUUAACAAAGAUGUCAGUUCUUGCACUUUCAGUGAAUUUAUAGCACCACUGUCUGAUAUAAUCGUGCCCUCAGACCAAAACAUAAAGCUUUUUCAUUUUUGCUUGUUUUGCAGUAUGAAUUAAGAAUUACUAUUAUGAAUUGCAAAUUUGUAUUAUAAAAUUUAUUUUUAAAAAGUAUGUAAUGAAACUGAAUCUAAAAUGGGUGCAAUAUUAGACAGAACACCUUGUGUCACUUCUGAAAAGCACAAUCACAAUAACCUCACUUUAUCACCAGUGGUUUAAUCCAUAACUUAACCACCUAAACCUAGUUUGAAUGAAGUAACAAGAAAGGAUAGUACACCAAAAAAAAUGAAAAUUGUCAAUGUUUACUCACCAUCAUGUUUUUUCAUCAGUAGACCACAAAAGGAGAUGUUAAUCAGGAUGUUCAUUCUGCUCUUUUCUAUUCAAAGAAAGUGAAUGGUAACCAGGAACUGUAAAGCUCUAAAAUGACGACAAACACCGUUAACCAUCUGAAGCCUGUGUCUUAUUUGAUACAUACAUUUUAACUAGGGCUUCUAAAUUAUUAGCAAAUUCUAAUUCAUUACUAAAAACCUGUUCUACAUGUCUGACACAAUCUUUUUAAUGUCUUUACCCCUUUGAUUGAUAGUAGGGUACAACAGGGCUAAAGGCACACUCUAAGAAAAAAUAUGAUUUUCACUGCACACAAAAUGUAUGAUUGGAGGAAAAUAUAUACGUUUGUAUUGAAUGUUUAUGAAGCAACAGAUUUUGUGUGAAAAUAAAUCAAACAAGUUGUUCAUUUUGUUUAAAAAUCUUAUAAAGGUGGCAAAGGGGGCCUUUUACACUUUUUCCUUUUGCUGGUGAUCAUUUUACGUUACUGGGGUAAAAGCCACGCCUUAUUGACACAAAUACUUUUUUUUCCAAUAAUGUCCAAGUUAAUACUUGUUUAAAACAAUCACUUUAGCAAAGGUUGUACUAUUCUCUGCUUAUUUUGAUAUAUAAAAGUAUUCAUUUUUGUUCAAUAAAUAUACUGUUAAUGUUAAUAUAAAACUUAUUUUAAAAUACAGAAACAAAAUAAUUUUAAAAUGUAAAGAUUCUGAAAGCAUUGAAGAAGAUCCCAUAGUAAUUGAAUAUAGUAGUAUAGUAGUGACAGCAAAUUAUAUUUAAUUACAUGAUAUGAUUAAUAGCAUGUUUUUAAAUAUGAUGGUUUCAUUUUAAACACAGAGAUUAUCUCUAAGAUGGGCACCCAACAUAAUAUAUGAUAUUAACCAUCUGAAUCUAACAAUGUCAUGUCAACAAAUGGAAAAGUCAGCCUUUUAUUAAUUAUCAUGUUACUUCUUGUGCCUUUUAGCCCCAACAGGGGCACUUUUUACCCCAAAUACCAUACUUUUACAUAUUCUUUCAUUAUUUAAGAAUUUUAGCAAUUCUUAUUUGCUACUUAAAUCUACAACGUUUUUAAAAACAUCAAAUAUUAGAUAAAGUAAGCACAGAAUCGACUUUUGUAUGUGUAAAUUUGUAUGUGUGUCUUGAAAAGUGGAUGUUUUGGAAAGUGCUACGUCAUGUUUUUCUGCCUUCUAGUGGUUUAGACGAAAAUAAUAUCAAAGGCCCCUUUUACCCCAGGGCGCUUUUGGCCCCGUUGUACCCUACAUGUUGUUGUUGUUUUUUUUUUGUUUUUUUUUGUUUUUUUUUCAAAGACAAAUUUUAGUGUAAUUGUAAAAAUGUCCACCUUCAGGUUGUGGUGGACAGGUGAAAUCUGUGAAAUCUUGAUUCUUAUUAACUUUUGUAGUGAUAUAAAAAUGUAAAGUUUUAGAAAGUUUAGACAGACAUCCACAAAAUUACUAGUGAAUAAUGGUAGACAUACAUUUCAGCCUUUUUUCUUACACAAAGUUAUCAUAUGGCUUCAGAACACUUGAAAUACUAUGUAAUAUGGACUGCUUUUUACUGUGCUGUUUGAUAUAUUUGAAGCUUGACACCUUCUCAUCACUGACUUUUAUUGUAUGAAAAAGAAUUGUGUGACUAUUCUGCUGAACAUCUCCUUUAGUGUUCCAAAAGUAAAAAAGGAAGAAGGAAAGAAAAACAUUCAGGUUUGAGACAGCAAUGUUCAUUUAUUAAUUUGUAGGAAAAUAUUAAUUUAAUCCAUCUCAUCUGAAAUGUUUCUCAUUCUAGCAAUACCAGUGAAUGAAGAAUAAAGUAAAGCCUCAAUGUAACCAGUAAAGUGACCUUAAAGAACAGACAUCCAUGACACAGUUUGAAUUUGUGUUUGGCUCUAAUUGCUUGGAACAACAGUCAGAAUAUGUCAUAUUGUCUCCUUCCUAUUUGGACUAAUUGGGUCCAUAUGUCCAUUAAUCUGACGACUAAGACAAGACAAACAGUCAUAAUUAUGUAUCCUUCUCCAGAAGCAUUUAAAUAAUCUGAAUGCAGCUCAUUAAACAUACUAUAUGCACUGCAAAGCUCAUUCUUUUGCAAAAUAUUACAUUUUAGCAUUACACAUUAUCGAUUUUAGUGUGAUUGUGAGUGAAUUCAAACUCAAAUUUUAAACUGUACCACACAUUUGUGUUUUAAACUAAUCAUAGACCAAUCAGUAAGUCUCCUAUUAAUGCACAUGAUGUAGAAUAUUCACUAGCUCCUCAAAUGUAAAAUACUAUUUGUUUAUCUCUUUGCAGUCUAUCUGAAUUUCUUCCAACAUAGGCUCAUUGGAAAAACGUGCCUCUACCUCCAUUUUUGCAAAACUCCAAAAACACACAUACUAUUCACAACAGUUUCCAUCUGAAAUUAACACUAGUGGCGUAAAGACUUAUUUUUGUGCAGAUCCUUGCAGAAUAUUAUGUCAUGACCUCAGAACGCUUUUACCAUAGUGCAUGAUUUGUAACCUAAUACAUAGUGUUUGCAUCACUUGAUCAGCUCCAUAUGUUGUGCUCUAUCUUAUGUAGUAAACUUGCUCUGUAACGCACCCGGUACAGCAUUGCAAAUGUGAUGCAUUUAUGCAGAAAUGCUGCUAAAAAGUCACAAUAAAAGUGCUGAAAUACUUAGAUGCAAGUUAAAAUUAUAUGGCAAACGCAUCUUUAUUUCAUGAUUUUAACAAUUUAUUGUGUGUGUUAUUGCAUGUCGGACACAGAGCAUUCAGAUUUAGCGCCACAGACUGCAUUUAUGAACUGUAAUGAUUUGUACAACAACCAUUGUAAUGAAACAUUGCCAGAUUCACAUCCACCUGUUUUGAGGAGGAUAAAACAUUAGCUGGAAUGCUGCCACAGGCACGUUUUUCCAGUGUACCUGGAUACUGUAUGCAGUAAAGUUUGAAUUGCACUGUAGAAUAGGGUUUAAUAAUUGUGGUAAAUUUACUAAGCAAAGAUAUGAAAUGAAGGUUUGUUUGUGUCAGUGCUCAAACACUUUCUGCCUUGAUGUUCGGAACAAAAGACAUCACUGUCAAAAGAUAAAAAAGUACACUUUUAUAUUACAUUUGUUUUGACCAUUACUGUGCUGUAGAAGUUGUUAUACCGUCAUACCAGAGAAGAGAUGAAUCACAGUUUUUAAGUUUUCAGGAUAAAUGGGAAAAAAAGAAGGAAAACAUUUUUCUCUUUUCAGCUUCGUUGAAAUCUGUGUACAAAACCCACCAAAGGGUUUUGCCUUUUUCUGUCAACAUCUAAUCAUCCCUGUUAUUCUGUUGACUAUGUCAAAGGGGUUAUGCAAAAAGCAGCAAUUACACAGCAUGUAACAGGAUUUGUGUAGACACAAAGGUCUGCUUCCCAAGGGCAUUUCUUUUUUCCCACUUUCAUGCUUCCAAAAUAAUCCUACUUUUCACUAUGCUUGAAAUAAUGAACACUUGUACUGACAAGACAAUGAAUGAAGGAAUCUUACCCUGAAAUCUUCUUUUUUAGUUGGUUUUUGAGAUGUUUUAUAUGCAACUUUUUAUAAACAUUUUGUAAUGUCUUUGUGUGUGUGUGUGUGUGUGUGUGUGUGUGUGUGUGUGUGUAUUAUACAAAAAAAUCAGUGGAUAAUAUAUCUGGGAACAGUAUAUAUGUAAGGAUAGAUUAUAUGUACAAUUCAAAUUAUCACUGGAUUAUUGCACAAGGGUACAUGUUCUGCUGUCAAGAUGACUAUAUACAGGUUUAUGUGAACCUGUGUCUACAAUAACAAUAAACUGAUAUAUUUUUGUAUGAUUUCUGAAAUUAA